AUGGUGAACGCCGUGAAAGUCUUCAAGAAGACCGCCCCUAAUGGUAAACUCACCGUCUAUCUCGGUCGUCGAGACUUCGUAGACAACACCAGCACCACCGAGCCCGUCGAUGGCAUCGUAGUCUGCGACAAUGACUACCUUCGAGGCCGCAAGGUCUACGCGACCGUCACGGUUACGUACCGUUUCGGUCGCGAAGAGGAUGAGGUCAUGGGCCUGCACUUCAGCAAGGAGAUGCAACUCGCCUCGCAGCAGAUCUACCCCAACAGCGAGACGCCCCAGCUGACUCCCGUCCAGGAUCGCCUCCUGAAGAAGCUCGGGGCCAAUGCCUACCCCUUCGCCGUGGUUCUCCCGGCGAACGCUCCCUGCUCCGUCCAGCUCCACCCCGGGACGGAGGAUGCGAUCAAGCCUCUGGGAGUCAUCUACGAUCUGAAGGUGUACGUCGGAGAGAGCGCUGACGAGAAGCCCCACAAGCGAAACUCCGUCAACCUCGCCGUCAGGAAGGUCCAAUACUGUCCUGUCGGCGGCAACAGGCGCCAGCCAAGCACCCUUGUUUCCAAGGGCUUCACCCUCUCCCCUGGGAAACUCAACAUGGAGGUCAACCUCGACAAGGACGUCUACUACCAUGGCGAAACCAUCAUCCCUAACAUCAGCGUCACCAACGGCAGCAAGAAGUCCGUGAAGAACAUCAAGUGCUCCGUCGUGCAGCACAUCGAGGUCACCAUGACCAACAGCCACAUCACUCGCGAGGUGGCUGCCGUCGAAUCCAAGGAGGGCUGCCCUAUCACCCCGGGCACAACAUUGAACAAGACUUUCAAUCUGAACCCUCUUGCCACAACCAAUAAGAACAGAUACGGCAUUGCUCUCGACGGCAAGCUCAAGGACACCGACGCCAACCUGGCCUCUUCCACCAUGGUUGGCGAGGGCAAGAACCCCAACGACGCCCUGGGUAUCAUCGUCUCCUACUCCGUCCGCGUCCGUCUGAACUGCGGCGCCCUCGGUGGGGAGCUGAUGGCUGACCUGCCCUUCAAGCUCACUCAUCCAAUCACGGGUGACGCCCCAACCAAGACCGAGACGAAGGAAGGCGAGGACAUCGUCUUCGAGGACUUCGCCCGCCUCCGCCGCGGCAUGAGCGUCGACAACAACUAA